AUGGCGGACAUUCUCCCCACAUUGCUGCAAUUCCCGCCUAGCGGCACGUCCAAGAAGAAGCUGUCUCCCAAGGACUAUGACACCCAAGUCGGCGGAUAUUUGAAGGAAUUGGCCAAGAUCAAGGAUGUUGCCUACUCCAAGCUGGCCGACAAGCAGAACCUGCUUGACCUCCUCGAUCCGUCCAUCAAUUCCAUCGCCUACGCAAUCACCUUCAACCACCAACUCACCGCUGCUGGCAAAGACGUCAGGCGGAGAGAAGGUCUCGUCGAACGCUAUGCCAUUCCCUUCCUCCACCAAUUCGAUCCGGUCCAGGUACGAUAUGCCGGCAACGACUGGCGGCUCUUGUGGGAGGCCGUUUGUUCAGUCUUGUACGAGAACGGCGCCACCGACCUCUCCCCGCUCGUCGCAGGAAUUCUCCGCUUGGACCCAUCUGCCGGCACCUUCACCAGCAAUCACAUCCGACUCCUGCGUCUCGCCAUGCACAGCGGUGUUCCCAGUCAAGCACUCCCCAUCCUCGAAAAGACCAUCCACGCCUAUCCCCACAAGUCCUCCAAACGCCUUCCCGACGAGCUCCCCAGCGAAGAGAACGACUUCAGCAAUGCCUUCAUAACCCAAGCCUCACAUUUGUCCACGGAGGUCAGACCAGAGUGGGUGUUGGAAUACUACUACCUGGGCGGCUCGAUUUACCUGGCGCUGGGAAAUCACACUCGCGCCCGCCUCUUCCWAGAACACGUCCUGCUGUCACCUUCACAAUCCAAGACCAGUUCGUUCUCAGCAUUCCAAGUCGAAGCCUAUCAAAAGUGGGUGCUUCUAGGACUAUUGGUUCAAGGAAAGCAGUUCCCAUUCCCCGCUACGAUGGAUGCCACAGCACUCCAGAGGAUUCGCCACAUGGUCGGUCCUUACGAAGCUCUCGCCGUGGCAUUCGAGCAGCGAAACGUGAAAAAGUAUGAGGCGGAAAUGGAUCAGGCAGGACGCAUCUGGGCGGACGAAGGCAAUUUGAGAUUGGUGAGAGAAGUAGCGUCGGCCUUGGUGAGAUACAAGGUCAUUGAUCUACAGAAGACAUACGCAUCGCUGCCUGUCGCAAGAGUGGCGGAGUUGAUGGAGAUGGAAGUGGAGGCCACAUUCGACCUCGUACGAAACAUGAUUGGAGCAGGGUACCUCCUCGCCGAGCUGUCUCAAACUGGCGUCUUGACUUUCCACAGCUCGGAAGCCAAACUGCCAGACAUCGUGGAUGGUCCAGAUGAUUUAGAGGCGCGAACGCAGAGAAUCACAGAGCUGAUUGCCAGCGUGCGUGAGGCCGAUCGAAGAUUGCAGCUGACGAAGGAAUUUGUGGAUGUCUCAAAGCGGACCAAGAAGGUUGGGAGUGGCGUCGAGGGUGACUUGGCGGAUGUCAUGGAUUUGGAGUAUGACGAUCCGCCUCUUCCUCCGAUGAUGGAGAGUAGUAUGAGCGGGCUGGGGAGAGAUGGAGAUGGUGAUGACGGAGACGAAGAUUUGAUGGUUUGA